AUGGACGAGUCCGGUUCGUCCAGCAACGACCACCAUCAAGCCACGGCCAACGGUGGGAGCGACGGGUACGCGUACAAGAAUGAAAUAUCCCUCUCGAUCGGCGACGACGAUCAAACCUCGCGUACGAACAGUACGGCCGUACCGACGCCCUCGCCCCGCCACGUCGAGGUCCCGAUGCCGGCGGCGGCCAACGGCGAUGAGCGCGAGACGACCAACGAGUACGCCGCGCUGAACCGUUCCUCGCCGGGCGGUAAAUCGAACGGCCUGGACAACCCUGCCUUCGAGCUGGAGAAGGAGAAGCGACCACUCAGCUCGUUUGGACACGCGAACGAGAAGUCGCUCGGGGCGAUGUCGACCAACGGGAAGACGCCGGGCGAGAAGCCGCUUGCCGAGGCGGUUAACCUGGAGCUGCUGAACAUGUCGCUGAAACCGACAACCAACGGGUCGCAUCAGAACGGUGGCACGAACGGUACCGCCAGCACGGCCCUGCCGGUCAAGAAGGAUACCGAGGUAGACCUCGGCGAUCCGUACGAUGAGUACUUUGUGCCGGUCAACGAGCACCGGAAGUUCAUGAGUGUCUCCUUCCAAAAGCCACGCCACGGUCACGCCGUGUACGGACGCCAUGGGCGCGGUGUCGACUACACCGGACAUUCGGUCAAUGAGCCCGCCGCCGGAACGAUGGACUAUAAACAGUGGAGCAAAAUCACGAGGGGUGAAAAGCUGUACGUCACGAAAGAUAAGCGAGAAAAGAAGCGGAAAAACUGGCCGUUCUGGUUGCUAGGACUAGCGGUGCUGCUGGCGGUGAUUAUCGUCGCAAUCUUGGCCGGUUCCGGUGUGAUCUUUAACGACGGUCCGACACCUGUCGAGUCGCGCAAGUUUGGUGAAACGGUAGUGUCAGCCGGCGUGUUUGGCGGUAAAUCUAGGCCAGGCAAUGCGAGCACGACUUCGACGACUAGCACUAGCACGGACUAUCCGACGACGCCGUCUCCACCGAGUUCAACCGUGCCACCGGUUCCGCCGUCUACGGAGGAGAUAACCGUCUACGUGCCUAACACGCUCGAGGGACAAAUUACACUGACCAAUGCUGAAUUCCUGGACGAUUACCGCAACCCGAACAGUUCGGCCUACAAAUCGUUGGCCAUGGAGCUGGAGGAGGAGAUCAAGGAUACACUUAGCACUCCCGAUGCACGCGGGCCGAUCUACGUUAAGAUUUUGAACAUGAAGCCAGGUUCAGUGGUUGUCGACUAUCGCGUCAGCUGGGAGGCGAAUACGAUGGAAAUGUCCGAGGACACAAUGAAGCACCGGUUGAGCAACUAUCUGCAGCAGAACGGAAACUACCUAUCCCAGUACAUUGUGCCGUCGAAUACGAUUCGCGUGGCACGACUGCCGGAUCUUUGCAUGAUGAGAAAUUCUGGAAAGAACUGUGAAUAUGGUUGUACAUUCGAUGCCAAGAUUGGCGAUUUUAUGUGCACUUGUCCACGAGGAAUGCUGCUCAAUGAUGAGGAUGGCCGUACCUGCUACAGCCCGGUACCUGCAAUCAAUGGAGAUGAACCAGCAGAUGAAGAACCAAAGAGCGAACCAGAACCGGAACCAGCUAGUGAACCGGAGGCCGAACCAAAGGCUGAGCCUGAACCUGCUAGUGAACCGGAGGCUGAGCCGAAGGCCGAACCUGAACCAGCUAGUGAACCGGAGGCCGAACCAAAGGCUGAGCCUGAACCUGCUAGUGAACCAGAGGCCGAGCCGAAGGCCGAACCUGAACCAGCUAGUGAACCGGAAGCUGAGCCGAAGGCCGAACCUGAACCAGCUAGUGAACCGGAGGCCGAACCAAAGGCUGAACCUGAACCUGCUAGUGAACCGGAGGCCGAACCAAAGGCGGAACCUGAACCAGGCAGCGAGCCCGAACCAGCUAGCGAGCCGGAGCCUUCUAGUGAGCCAGAGCCUUCUAGUGAACCAGAGCCUUCUAGUGAACCAGAACCUUCUAGUGAACCAGAACCUGCUAGUGAACCAGAACCUGCUAGUGAGCCUGAGCCUGCCAGUGAACCGGAACCUGCUAGCGAACCAGCUGCAGAACCUACAAGCGAAGCAACUCCGGAGCCCGUCAGUAAGCCGGAACCCUCUGGAAAACUAGUCACAGAAACUACUAGUGAACCUGAGCCUUCUAGUGAACCUGAGCCAACUAGUGAACCAGAGCCUUCAAGUAAAUUGAACUCAGAGCCGACCGCUGAACCAGAGCCAACCAGCGAACCUGAGCCUGCGAGUGAACCACAGGCUGAACCGAAGGCCGAACCGGAGCCCUCCAGCGAACCGGAACCUGCAAGCGAACCAGCACCUACGAGCGAGCCUGAACCCACCAGCGAACCAAAGCCUACCUCAGAGCCUCAGCCGGAACCGUCCGCUGAACCUGAACCAGCUGCUGAGCCAAAGGCAGAACCAGAGCCCUCUGCAGAUUCUGAUUCAUUGUCUACAUCGACGGAAGGCAAGAUGGAACUCUCAAGCACGACUGGAAACUCUCAGCUGAAGAGUACCACGGAACGAGAAACAACCGUUCAAACCACCCCACUUCUGAGUCAUUCUUCUACUACGGAUGAUUCGCAACUGCCGGACUUUAUGUUCCUAGACCAGGACUCCAUGCUGAAGCACUCCAGUACUACGGAAAACUCAGUCCCAAAGGUCGUAUCAGUGACGGAGCAACAGGUGGUCAGUGACACUCCCGCUCCAGUAACGGAAACGAUUGUUGACGAUACCCCUAUGCCGUCGACCUCGAGUUUCUUCGUACCACCGAAACCGACAAACGCGCCUGACUCAAAGCCGACAUCGACCGAUGCCUUCCAGGGACGCGCCCUACCGUCGAACAUAACGGCUGAACCAGGAAGUGAGCUGUACGCAACAUCUAGCCCGAUCUCGUUGGAGCAAUGGCGUUCUUCGACCAGCUUUGCCACAUCAACAGAAUCGCUGGCAAGGGAGCAAGGAUCGGACGAGACAAAUCCUUUCCUUCCGUCGAUUGAAUCAUCCAGCGCCCGUAACAACGGCGCGUCAUACGCCGUCACGGAAACUGUCGUUGAGGCAGAAACGGUUGCGCCCAUUCUGGCGGGACACAACGAGUCUCCCUUCCUACCGGACGCGGAGAACAAUGCCAGCCUGGUGAAUAUCCUACACUUGGGACUCGAUCGUCACGAGGGUGAUUUCGAGGCACAGAGCCCCGGGUUCAUGGAUGUCCAACCGCUAGGAAAAGACAGCGAUCGGAACGAGUACAAGAAACAGUUGAACACGCACGUCACGGAGACGAUCUACAUCACAACGACCAUUCGUGCCCCAGUACCGGUGGUGACGGAGUCACUGGAGGAACUCCUCUCGGUGGCCAGUUCGAGAAACAUCGUCGAACAAACGACAAACAGUGGCGAGGACUUCAUCACGAGCACGGAACGAGAAAGCAUCCUAGGUGAACCGACAACUGUCAUGGAUAAAGUUUCAUCGGUGAAGGAAGAGGUUGCGUUCGACGAUAACGCUUCAACGGCUACAAGUACAACAACAACAGCGACAACGUCUUCGACGAGGGCGGAAGUAGUUCCGGAAACUACGAGUUCUACGACUGCAAAGACGGCUGAAAAUACUACUUCAACUCUUGCGGCAAAGGAGGGCGAUGUUGAUAGAAGCACCGAACCCAUUCCAAUAACCACAAUCAGCGUAAGUGAGAUGGUCACCACAACUACGGAAAGUGAAGAGGAGAAAACGACUUUGAAGCUGGACACAACGGAAGCGUUACGAACUGUGGCUGAAUCUACCACAGGAAGUAGCUUUACGAGUACCAGUACUAGUUCUAGUACAACGACUAGCAAUGGUACGAGUACGAGUUCAAGUACAAGUACCUCGUCCUCAACCUCCACAACAACCAGCACUACUGCAUUGCCUCCAGUGGUAACGGAAAGUCUGGAACGCAUUACCGCCAUCGAAAAGGAUCUCCUAAAAGAGAACGAUCUGAUAGACGACAGCGAUAACAUUCUGGACAAUGAACUCCGAGUUAUACCAUUGGAACGUCGGAAGGAGCCGGGUCCAACGAGCACAACCACAUCGCCAACGGCAACACUGGCAGAAGGAUCCACUACCGAAGCGAACAGUGCCGCCGCCAGCAGCAGUCUCAUCCCAACCACGACGACCGGUCAUUUUUUAGACGAAACGACGUUUCAUUUGAUUAGAUCAGAGCGAUCGAAUGGAACGUCGUUAAUCGGAAGCCGCUUUUCUGAUGUGAACGAAGGCCAGGCGCCGGCCAGCGUGGCGCCAACAACGGAACGGACGGAGGAGAGUAAGGACAGGCUGGAGACGCUGGUGCUGGAGCGGGCGGCCGCGGCCUCUAUGUUCACCAAGUGUGCCGUCGGUCAGUUCGAGUGUAUCAACGGUACGUCGAUCAAGGACGGUAGCUCGUGCAUUCAGAAGUCGGAACAAUGUGACUCCGUGUCGCACUGUUCGGAUAACUCCGACGAGCAGGACUGCGAACGGCUUGGUUGUCCGGGUCACUUCCAGUGUCGCGAUGGCGUGUGCCUAGCGCGGCUGCACGUUUGCGAUGGCAUUGCCCACUGUCACGAUGGUUCGGACGAGCAGAAUUGUGGUGAGUGGCAGUGUAACUUCGAUGAGAUCUCGUGCAAUCCGGCCACCGGCAACGGACCGUGUCUGCCGGCGCUAUGGAAGUGUGACGGGUUGGAGCAGUGUGCGAACGGGUUCGACGAGAGCAACUGCCCGGACACCUGUACGAACGACGAAUACUUCUGUGCCGGCCAGCGGAAGUGCAUCCCGGAGGCAUGGCGCUGCGAUGGUGCGAUCGAUUGUAGCGACGGUGAGGACGAACGGUUGUGCGAUUGUCCGCUCGAUAGCUUCAAGUGCAACACCGGGGGCUGUGUUUCCGGUGCGUUCGUCUGCGACGGACAUCCACAGUGUCCGGAUCAGUCGGACGAGUGGAACUGCUACCAGCUCGAUACGGAGGGUGGAACGCUAAGGGUGAAGCGUAAUUCCUCGGAACCACUCGCCGUCUGCGGAGACGGAUGGAACGGCAAGCUGGCGGAUCUGGUUUGUGCCGAACUGGGCUAUGCGGGCGCACGGAAGAUUCUUUUCACGCGGGUUGCCAACACGACCCUGGUGGACAGCAUGUACCGUGCUACGGAGAAAGAUCGGCUCGAGUUUGAACCGAUCCAUUCGAUGGAAUGCAAUCGUGGGUUGGAAAUGUUCUGCGAAGAAUAUAGUUGCCGAAAAGAUAGUGUUAACCCCUUCGGUGUGCGAAUUAGCGGUGGAACUCCUUCAGAACCUAACCAGCUGCCGGCCUUGGCAUUGGCAUUCAGCAAUAACGCUGCAAUCAAGUGUACGGCCAACAUAGUUUCUCCCCGGUGGGCACUGGCCAGCUACACCUGCAUCAUGGGCAAGACCGAGUUUGUCAACAAUCGUAACAACGGUGACAUGACGUGGAAGCUGUUUGCCGGCAAGGAACAAUUCAAUUCGUCACUAGAAGAGAAUGCCUUCCGGAGUGCGGAUGCAUCCUACCAGAUUGUGGACAUUAAGCGGGUGGUGCCGUAUCCUCAGUCGAAAUACAAACAAUUUAUGUACACCGGUGAUGUGGCCCUGCUGGAGUUAUCCAGUCCACUGAAGCUGAACAAAGCGGUGGGCAGCGUUUGUAUGGCGGAGGCGGCCAGUAUCAGCUCCGAGCAGCGGUGUGUCACGGCCGGCUGGGGCUCGGAUCUUGAGAAUACCGCCACCGCGACACAGUAUCUGAAGGUUCUACCCGUACCGACGGUACCGACCGAGCGGUGCAACUCCUCGAUGCACUAUAACGGUGCCCUGCCUCAGGAUGCCAUCUGUGCCGGUUAUCUUAACAGCAACCAAACGACAUGCUACAACGACGAAGGUGCUCCGCUGAUGUGCUUCAACGUCGAUUCCGACCAGUGGCAGCUGGAGGGUAUUCUCAGUUACCAUGGCAACUGUGGCAAGCGGCCACAUCCGGCCAUCUACAAUUCAAUUACCUCAAACAUAUCCACCUGGAUUCGCCGCACCGUCGGCAAUGGUCUGAUGUUUGAACAGGCCGCCAUCACCGUAUCGCCGCUGUCGGGCGACGAAUCGACCACGACGGCAACACUGUUCGCCUCCUCCUCAUCAUCUUCUUCUUUCACGGUGGAAAACAGUUCUUCUACCACCACCGUGACACCCGAUGUAUCGAACAGCAGCACUACAAUGGCACCGACGGCGUCCUCGGUAGUAGUUCGGUAAUCGGGAUGCAAUGCGCACUCCGGACCAGCUCGAAACACAUGAGCAUACUUUUGUAAAUAAUAGCUACCAGUUAGGAUGGGGUCACUAGAACCUGCGGGAUACGGGGGGAAAUGGAGGGAGAGAACGUAUAAUUAAUUUUUGAAAACAUUUUCGACAUGAUCCUUUCACAACGUGUAGAACACCGACAGUGUGUAACACGCCAGGAUUAAAGCUUUCCAUCUGGAACCGGUUUCGGUUGCCUAACACGGAAAAAAGGAUGAAAGGAAAAUGAACAAAAAAGCUACGAAAAAUGCAUGUAACGCACAGAACACGUAUGGAAGGAGGAGUAGUAGGAAAACCUAGUCACAAAAGUCGAAUACUUUGUGCCAAUAAUGAGAACGCUGCGUUUGAACCGGAUGUACCAGGUGGAAAGGGACCAGCCCGGCAACAAGCGGGAAGGCAUUGUACAGUGAAAAAUAAUUCCUCUUUUUUAGUGUUUGGAAGGUAAAAUUGAACGAAUCUUACCGGCGGGUCCAUUUAACAGCAGCGGAAACAGUGGCUGGAAUUCGAGAAAGAGACAGAGAGAGAGAGAAGCAAAAAUCGUCAACGAUAAUGGAAAAUGCACGUUUUCAAAGAGCAAGUAAACGUUUUCCAGUUCUCAAGUAUGUCUGUAAAACUCGCCUGUGACAGUGUCAGAGGGAAGCGAUAUUUCUGUUUUUGUAAGCGGAAUUGAUAGGACAGUAAAAAUAGCACAACCGAACCAACCGAGAUGUGAAUUAAAAUUAAACAAAUCAUACAAGCGCUCGUGGCGCAAGCAAUGGCGUCUCACAUAUUCUUCCCAACCGAUGCGUGCGUGUGGAAGAUGGAAGAAUUAUUUCUCAUUAGAAUACUCGAUGAUAACGACCGAAUGAAGACACAAGGAAGCUCGGAAAGUGGCCACGUGUCAGUAGCUUCACACCGGUACCGCAUAUAAAAAGGGCAGUGGAAAUGAUAGCACACUAUUUUUUUAAAUUCCCAUUUACACAUCUACCCAGCAACAGCCUGCGCUGAGGCAAGAUGGUUUUGUUUCGAAAUAUCGCGAUGAAAACGGUUAUCAAACAAGCAACGUAGAAAUUGUAUCGUGCAGUUUUUUUCGUAUAUGUAAAGCAAUAAACGAUUUACUUCUAGUUUAAAAUUACUGA